CGUCUGGCCUCUAGGAAUUUCCCGCAGCCCGCAUCCAGCAUCCAGUGAGCCAGCGAGCAACUUCAGACCGAACAGGGACCGAAACACUGUCAGCCGAUUGCCAUCGUGUUGCCAUUGACCGAUAGCCCUCCCUACCUACUCGGUACUGCCCAGACCCUGCGUUCCAAACCCCAAGUCCCAAUCAAGUCAAACAUCGACUCUGAGGAGUUCCGCUUUCCUAAGCUGUGGAAAGAGUAUGUAAUCACCCUUGCACACACUCUCGGAGGUCACAGGGGCAGUGCAACUUCUGUGGUGGUGUCACCGAUUUACCUUAAGAGCUUUAGACUCGAUUCUGGAACUGACUCUUGCCUAUCGAUUCUCCCGCGCUUCACAGUGACCGACACGAAUCGAGGUUUGUUUGCCAAAAAACCAUCACCAUGACUGAUCCAACCUCACCGAGCCCUUAUUCAGAGAACAAGAAAUUCGAGCCCAAGGUUCCGGUGGAAUUGGAGCCGCCCAAGAACGACGAGAUCUCGCUGGAGGAGUUGAGUCAAUGCGAUGGCACAAAUCCGGAUAAGCCUACGUGGGUUGCGAUAAAGGGGACCAUCUUCGAUGUCUCCAAGAACAAGGCCUAUGGCGAGAAGGGUCAAUAUCACGUCUUUGCCGGAAAGGACCCUUCUCGUGCCCUCGCCCUCUCCAGCCUGAAGCCCGAAGAUUGCGUGCCAGAAUGGUAUGACCUGGAUGACAAGUACAAGACAGUUCUCGAUGAAUGGUACACCUUCUUCAGCAAGCGAUAUAACAUUGUGGGCAAGGUCAGUAUAUCCAAGCUACAAAGAUUGUGAGGAGGAAGACGGAAUUGCCAAAAACGCCCGCACGGACCGGGCGGGAAAGUAGACAUGGCAAGGCACUCAAGAGCGGGCAGGAGCAGGCCAUACAAAUCUCAGGACAGUUGCUGACUGCCUUUGCCUCUACCCUCUAGGUCGCGGGUGCUCAGAAUACGGGCUGAGAGAGACGGGAGCAGGAAGACAUCAAUUUAUUGUGACGUUAAGGAAGAUACCCCGGACAGAAGUAGGAGAUCCAGUCCUUCGCCUUCAGCGGCACCUCGAUGUCGCUCAUUUCUCAACCCUCAGCUGCAGACUGCGUGCGACUCAUCCGUUCAAUCAAUCCAUCAGCCUUUCCGCACUUUCCUGGCCUGGCGCUUCUUUGCGAUGAUGCGAUUCCUUUUCGCAAUGCGAUUCUUCUCCUCGGGCUCGACCGGCUCCGGGACCUUCGAGGCCUUUGAAGAUGAUCCAUCAUCGUUCUUGUCACUGCGCUUCCGCUUCUUGUUGACACUUCCGCUGCCCUCGGACUUUGCUAGCUUGUUGUCCUUGGCCCUUUUCCCGCCACCUUCUCGGGCCUUUUGCUCUCUGUCAUUCCUCCGCUGGAUGACCUGGGCAUUCUCGAUCGCAAACUCCACAAUCAGGCGUUUCCCU